AUGAUGACGUCGGCUUGGGCAGACAAAUUGGCAAAUGUAGCUCCGCCAGCAUCUAACUCGAAACCCGCCUAUGCCCAUCCACAGUCACAGGACAAGAAGCAACAAAAUAGAAAGAAAAUCGUGUCGCCACCACCAUCGCAAAACUCAACUGCAAAAUCACAAUCGCCAGCUUCGACCACGACGGCAACAGCCACAACAACAUCCACAGCUUCAGCGAGAUCGCCAGCGCCAGCGUCAUCGCACAAUAAGAGAGCCACAUCCCCACCAUCGUGCAACCAGCCAGUUCCAAACAAGUUCAACUCGGACGAAAUACUAAGUUACUUUGAUGCCGAAUACAAGAAAUAUUUCAGCCAAGCGAAAGAAGACAAGGACGGAGAGAACUUCAAAAUAUACAAGUCUUUGGAGUCCUCGAACCAGUGGACAACAAAGACGUCGCUGAACUCAAGCAAGAACCAGAAAAAUGUUGUGCUAAGGAUUCUUCACAAGAAUGGAAACCAGCAUAGCCACAACCACCACAGCCAUCAUGGGCAUCACGGACAUCACGGUCACGGUCACGGCCACCGUUACCACGGCGGAGACAAGAAGGACUCCAACGGAUCGGGAGCUCCUACCGUUGAUAUAUUGUUUGAAAUCAACCGGUCAAUCUACCAGCAGAGGCAAGCUCAAACGCAACAACAACAACAACAACAACCACUGCUGUCACAUAAUUAA